AUGGCGCAGCAGACAUGCAUUUUAUCUCAAGAGCACCCGCCUACGCUGAAUCGUUGUCACCUCACUCCAGUCGACACAGGCAGAACAGAUGUCACAAACUUGAUCAAUCAAAGCAAAAGUAUUGCAGAUAUGAUUGAUGGCACAAGUCAAAGUACCGAAGACGAGAAGGUCAUAAUGGCACCCUUCAACUACCUAGCUUCUCGACCAGGCAAAAACAUCAGAUCUCAUCUCAUCCAUGCCUUCGACUCCUGGCUACAAUUACCAUCAUCCUCACUGGCUACAAUCAACAACAUGGUCGGCAUGCUACAUACUGCGUCCCUCUUAGUGGAUGAUAUCCAGGACAGUAGCGAGCUCAGACGAGGAUUUCCAGCAGCACACAUUGUCUUUGGAGUCGCUCAAACUWUCAAUUCCGCAAACUACGUAUAUUUCCGUGUCCUUCAGGGKCUUUCCACACUGAACAACCCCAAAGYCGUCGAAAUCUACACCGCGGAGCUCCUCAAUCUACAUCAGGGACAAGGCAUGGAGCUCUCCUGGCGCGAUCAAGGAAUCUGUCCAACGGAGCUUCAAUACCUCGAAACGGUCGGCAACAAAACCGGCGGCUUGUUUCGAUUAGCUAUUCGAUGUAUGUGUGCCGAGUCACAUUCACCACACGCCACUGCGAAAUUUGUAAGGCUUGCAAAUAUGGUCGGCCUUUUGUUCCAGAUCAUGGACGAUUAUCGGAAUCUCACGGACGGUCGGUAUACCACGCAGAAAGGCCUUUGUGAAGAUCUCACCGAAGGGAAAUUCAGCUUUCCAAUCAUUCAUGCGAUUCAUUCCAGGCCGGGAAAUCGGUUUCUUUAUGAUGUUCUGAGGCAGCGUACAGAGGAUGAAGCGCUGAAAAAGAAAGCUGUAUCAUAUAUAGAGCAGUGUGGCAGCUUUUCUUACACCCGAAGAGUACUGCAGCGGCUCUCGGAAGAGACUCUUGCUUUGGCAAAGGAGAUCGAUGGCGAUCGAGGAGGAUACAGCUUGCUGAAGGAGAUAGUCACCAAACUCACAGCUGAUAUAGGGAAGCAGCAUUAA